AAAAAGCGGCCGGGGGGGCGCAGGGGCGCGUCCCGGAGGGGCGCAGCGCUUUCGGUUCCUGUUGCGCGCGGGGCAGCGGCACGUGGCGGGGACCGGCCCGAACCGGCCCGAACCGGCCCGAACCGGCGCGGCCCGGCGCGGCAUGAGGCGGGCCGGGCCCCGGCUGCAGCCGCCCGCAGGAACCAAAUGUCAUGGCUGACAAAGAGCUGAGCGUCCGAGCUGCCAGAAAGGGAAGUUUGUCACCCAGCAGCUCCCGGGGCAGCACGACCGAGUCGAGCACGCUGCUGCAGGAGCUGAAGAGCACCAUCUCCAAAUCCGUGCAGAACAAAGUCGACUCCAUCCUGCAAGAUGUCCAGAAGUUUUCAGACAACGACAAGCUCUACCUUUACCUCCAGCUGCCGUCAGGGCCGAGCCUGGGGGAGAAGAGCAGCAGCCUGGACCUGAGCUCGCUGAGCACAGCCGAGUACAUGCACGCGUGCAACUGGAUCCGGAACCACCUGGAAGAGCACACGGACACCUGCCUGCCCAAGCAGGACGUCUACGAUGCCUACAAGCGAUACUGCGAUAACCUCUGCUGUCGCCCUCUGAGCACCGCCAAUUUCGGCAAGAUCAUCCGGGAGAUCUUCCCAAACAUCAAAGCCCGAAGGCUGGGAGGCCGAGGACAGUCGAAAUACUGCUACAGCGGGAUCCGGAGGAAGACGGUGGUCAGCCUGCCUCCCCUGCCCAGCCUGGACCUCAAAGUGACGGAGACUCAGGCGGAGCUGACGGACCUGGUGCAGUCCUACAACAGCGAGGUGAUGGAGGCGGCCUGUGCCCUGACCUGCGACUGGGCCGAGAAGAUCCUCAAACGCUCCUUCAACAACAUCGUGGAGGUGGCCCAGUUCCUCAUCCAGCAGCACAUCAUCAGCUCCCGCUCGGCCCGUGCCGACCUGGUCAUGGCCAUGGUGGUCUCAGAGAGCGUGGAGAAGAUCCACCCUGAAAGUCGGACCCUCUCGACGGCCAAGAAGAACAGCCUGGACACCUCCGAGAGCGGCGACAGGAGCCAGGGGCAGACCAAGAAGGAGAGUGGCCCCAAGCCCCCUGUCCCGCUGCGGCCUGAGAAGAAGAAGCCCCCAGAGCCCCCCAAGACAGCCAGCAGCCCCCAGGUGAACGCCUUGGUCGCCCGCUUGCCGCUGCUCCUGCCCCGCAUCCCCCCGGGAGAGCGACCAGCGGCGCCUGGUGCCUCGGCCGUCCGCUCCUCCCCUCCCGUCCUGGCACCCAAAAUCACGGCUGCCCCCCUGGGGGGCACGGUCAAGGUGGCCCUGCCGCUGCCGGUGGGCACGGCGUCCCCCUCCCUGCCCCUGGGGCUGGCCCCGGGGGCCAACGGGGCGGCGAGGCUGCUGAGCCAGCAAGCCGCCGUCCCCGUCCUCAACGUGCUGCUGCCCGGCGUGGGCGUCCCCCCGGCCGAGAGCCCCGCGAACCCCCGGAGCGCGGGCGAGGGUCCCGGCCCCCAGGACUCGCAGCGCCCCAAGGCCACCAAGCGUCCCCCGGAGCUGGCCAGCGACAUCACCCCGCAGAAGCGGAGACGCGGGCGGCCGCGGAAGAGGCCGGAGGAAGGGGCCGUGGCAUCCCCGGGGGAGCCGGCUGAGCUUCACCGUGGGGCGGCCGUGGGCGCCGAUGGCGGUGGCUCGUCCGGCGGUGGCAGUGCCACUGGCCCCUUCGGGGUCAGCCCAGCCGGGGGGUCCCUGCACGCCCAGGUCAGCGUCAUCCAGGACGGCAGGACCAGCAGCAAGGUGGCCGACGGCAGCGAGCUGGCACCAGAGGAGGAGGGGGCGGCCGCACAGCAGAGCCCAGGCGAGGCCAGGACACCCCUGGGUGAUGCCGGCGCUGCGGGGAGCUCCUGCGCCCCCCAGGACGAGGGGGGCUCCCCCCCCCAGAGCCAUGGACAGAUGCAGGCAGGGAGCGGGCCUGCUGCUGCCCCCUCCCAGCACUUGGACGUGUCCCCCUGUGUGCCCCCGUCCCGGGGGGGCUCGCCAGGGCGAGCAGGUCUCUGUGCCCACCCUGGCACUUAGGGGCUGCCUCUGCCCCAACAUUAAAAACCGAGGACACUC